AACGUUCAGUGGGAGCCCACUGAUUGCCCGCUGAUUGCCCACCUAACCUACUCUGGGCCCUCUUCGCUCCAUAAGUUACUUGGUACCUUGGCUUGCCUUGCUCGACCAAGCCGGCCGCCUUCCACCCAUCUGCCCCCCAUCUUCUCUCUCUCUCUCCCCGACAACAACAAAAAACUUCAUCCUUCUUCUCUACAUCCUCCCCUCUUGGCCCUCCCUCUCCCGUCUCCCGCAUUCCAGCUGCGAAGACGUCUUGCGAGCCAGGCUCUUCUCCCUUGACGUCGGGCCUUCCUCUCUCCCCUCCCCCUCUGCGCUUCUUAGCCAAAACAAAAUCAGUCACCAUGGCUGAGCGCUACAUCCCCGAGCAUCGCCGCACUCAGUUCAAGGCGAAGAACACCUUCAAGCCUGAGGAGCUCCGCCGCCGCCGCGAGGAGCAGCAGGUCGAGAUCCGCAAGGCCAAGCGUGAGGAGAACUUGGCCAAGCGACGAGGCAUCGGCACCGGUGAGAACCGACCUGGUGCUUCCCUUGGUGCCGCCCCCGACAGUGACGAUGAGUCCGCCCCCACAGAGUCCCAGGUAUGUGCCUCCGCCUUUUUCCUUUCGCCUCUACUUUCCGUCUUGCAUGGCCUGGGUACUUCAUCGAAAACUCGCUUGCCCGCUCACCAUGCCGUCCCUCCCGCCUGGCGAUGUGGGGGGAAGACACUUCCCUAUAACCCCACAUUCUGCCGCCGUGAACUUGAGCAGACCCGGCUGAUGCCCACGUCCCGCCCCAUGGUCCUUCCACCAUCACCCUGGGUCGGCGAGAGGGUACCCCCUGGCUAUACUAUCGCUUCGUCAAGAUCUCCAAGAUGACCUGUGCUGACUUCUUGGAACUAGCUGAACGAGGACCUCCCUCAAAUGGUCGCCGGUGUCUUCUCGGAACAGAUCGAUCUCCAGAUCCAAGCCACCACC